AUGUCUUCCACCACGCCUUUAACAGAGUACAGUUCGCCGUCACUGAGUCAUUGUAUGGCCUCUUGUAGCAGCGCUUGUGGAUGUAAUUGUUUGGGAUUCAACAAUCACACGGAGAAAUGUCGCGUGCUGAAAUCAUGCGACUCGGUGGACAUGACGAGCACUGAAGCUUUUUGGAGAUACUACAUUCCUACACCACAAGACGUCGGACUACCGGGCUGUCGGACUAUCGGUCCGUCGGACUACUGGGCUGUCGGACUAUCGGACCGUCGGACUACUGGGCUGUCGGACUAUCGGACCGUCGGACUACUGGGCUGUCGGACUAUCGGACCGUCGGAAUACUGGGCGGUCACCAUUAAAAGGAAGGAUAUGCCUGGUGACUGUAAAGCUCUGUAUGACAGAGGACACAGAACGUCUGGUGUGUACACUAUCUACCCCUGGGAGAGGUACAGUUCCGUGUGUCGGUCAGCCAGGGUCUUCUGUGAUAUGGGGACAAAUGCAGGGGGAUGGACGGCUAUCCAAAUGCGAAGAACUGGAUCAGUUAACUUUACCCGGAAUUGGAAUGAAUACAAGGUCGGGUUCGGAAACCCAGAAAUAGAUUACUGGAUUGGAAAUGACGCAAUUCACCAACUAACACGAGACCGUCCCUCACUGUACGUUUCCCUCACACUUAAUGACGUAUCUACAAAAUACGAGCUGUAUAACGAGUUUUCGGUAUCAGAUGAGAAUGACAACUUCAAGCUCUUCCUCGGGGGACCAGUCUCAGGAACUCUUGGUGACAACAUGUUAUCUACGGAUCGUCCGAUCGCUGGAAUGGCAUUUUCGACCCUGGACAGAGAUAACGAUAAUAAAGGCGGGGGGUAUAGCUGUGCCGUGACUAUGGCGGGAGGCUGGUGGUUCAAUGCCUGCCACCGGGCCUUCCUUAACGGGCCCUGGGCCCCGGGGAAUUGGCGGGAACCCUGGUCACCAGGUUUGAUGGAUGGAUUGGCUAUCACCGAGACUAGAAUGAUGAUAAGAGCUCGCUAAA